AUGGUUCAAAUCUCGACUCAGACUGCCAUCGUCACCCUCCUGGGCAUCGCCUCGGGCGUCCAGGGCUGCGCCGCGCCCAAGGCCAACCAGCCCUCCAUCGACCUCGUCGCCGAAUUUGAGGGCUUCAACCCCAACGUCUACAAGGACCCCGUCGGCAAGGACACCGUCGGCUACGGCCACCUCUGCCAGCAGGCCGGGUGCGCCGAGGUCAAGUACCCGAUCCCCCUGUCGGUCGAGGACGGCAAGAAGCUCCUCAGCGACGACCUGGCUGUUGCCGAGACUUGCAUCACCAUGUCGACGGCGCAGCCCGUGACGCUCAACGCCAACCAGUACGGCGCGCUCGUGAGCUGGGCGUUCAACAUUGGCUGCCCGCAGGCGCGCAGCUCGGAUCUCAUCCAGGGGCUCAACGCGGGCCGCGCUCCGGGUGACAUUGUACCCAUUGAGCUGCCCAAGUGGAACAAGGCGGGCGGUCAGGUCCUGCCUGGUCUGGUUCGUCGCCGUAAGGCUGAGCUGGACCUGUUUAACACGGCGACUGGCGAUGGUGCGCUGCCAGCUCCUGGCUGCUAA